ACCAACAUGGCGGCGUUGCUCUCUCCAGGCUUUUAUACGACCCAGUUUGAUGACAGCAACGAGAGCGACAUGUCCUCUCGCAGUCAGAACGGCCUGGAAGAUGUGCCUGAAGACAGCCCUAUACCCACUCCCUCGCUGCGAACCCCAACCUCCUCAACCAUCCAAACUUCACGAAGAGCAGCAAGCAUUCGUACUCUUGGAAAAGGUUCCUCAGACGGCAGCCGAUCUUCCCCAGACAGCGCGUCAAUUCGGCGUUCAACGGCAACUUCCUCUCCAACCCUCACCGCGCCGCCAAAGGAUCGAACGCGAACUCUUCAUCGAGUGAAAAGCAGCCCCAAACUGCCUCACGAUGCUGAUGCUGAGCCUGCGCCAAGUACGGCCUUGUAUUGGUCCAAAGCACCUGUCUUUGGGACAACACCAGUUCGCAUUAUGCGUUCGCAUACGGUCACGCUGAUAGACUCGACCGCAUGGCUAUUUGGUGGAUGCGACGAUAAGGAUUGCGGACGGGACGUAUUUUGCUUCGAUUCAGAAACGAUGCAGUGGUCACGACCCGAUACGAAUGGCGAUAUGCCUCCGCCUUCUCGUGCCCAUACCGCUACGGCUGUCGAUAGGAGAAUAGUGGUCUACGGCGGUGGCCAAGGAUCGACUUACUACGACUCGAUUUAUGUGUUCGACACUACUCUCCGCCGUUGGUCGAAACCCACCAUAUCAGGCCCCAAACCACCGCCUCGACGCGCUCAUACUGCCGUCUAUUACAAAGGCAAGAUCUACAUGUUUGGUGGCGGAAAUGGAAUGACAGCGCUGAACGAUGUGUGGACCCUCGAUGUAACAUCAAUCAGCACCGGCAAAUUGCGUUGGGAAGAGCUGCAGACCAUUGGCCGGAAACCCAGCCAUCGCGGGUAUCAUACUGCCAAUCUGGUCACAAACAUCAUGUUUAUCAUUGGGGGAAGCGACGGGAAGGACUGUUUUAACGACAUGUGGUAUCUAAACCUUGAUACGAAUCGCUGGGCCAAACUUCCUGUAGAACGACCCCAUCGGCGGCUUUCGCACACUUCCACUCUGGUUGGAUCCUAUCUUUUCAUAAUCGGAGGUCAUGACGGAACCAAUUAUUGCAAAGACGUGCUACUUUUCAACCUAAUUACUCUUGCUUUCGAACCCCGUGAAAUAUACGGGAAACCCCCCAGUCCUCGAGGAUACCACGUAACGCUUCUCGCAGAUAGUAGGCUUUUCCUGUUUGGUGGUUUCAACGGGAUGGCUCCGCUCGACGAAGUGCUCAACCUUGAUCUAGCCGCUGCUGCAUACCUACCGCAAGUUACUCACUUUGAACUGCACCUUCCAGAGUAG